AUGGAGAUCAGCGGAGCCACCCGAGUUACACCCUGGACAGCUGCAUCACACUUUAAAGCAGCUAUGAGGAAGUACGAGGGAGGUCUGCGGAUGAAAGCUCAGCAGGCUGCUGGACGGUCGACGGCAUAUGAUAUGCACUAA